AUGUUCGCCCGCGUCCCCACACUCUUCCUCGCCUUCUUCCUCUGCCUCGCGUGCGCCGCGUCCGCGUCCGCGCACCCCGCAGCCGCCGCGUCCCGCGCAGCCGCCAAGCCCAGCGCGACCACCAAGCCCAGCCAGAGCGCCGCCGCCUGCAACACCGGCAGCAUCCAAUGCUGCAACGCUCUCCAAUCCGCCGGCGCGCCGGGCAUCAGCGUCAUCCUCGGCCUGCUCGGGAUCAAGGUCGGCGACGUGAACGCCAUCGUCGGGUUCGGCUGCGCCCCGAUCACGGUCGGCGGCGCGGGCGCGGGCGCGUCGUGCGCCGCGCAGCCCGUGUGCUGCACCGGCAACAGCUUCAACGGGCUGAUCAAUAUCGGGUGCACGCCCAUCAAUAUCUGA